AUGCGCGCCCUCUUUCGUCGUCCUUCUGAGCAGCGACACGACGUCGCCGGCGGUCGCAUAGGCGGCUACGCCGAACCAGAAGACUUGUCGUAUGCUCAAGCGAUAGCAGCCCGGGGAAUCGGCUCGUCCAGGGACUCGAAUGGGGCAUCCCUCGCAUCCAGUCGUCUGAGAUCCAGCUUCGAUGGCUUGUCUAGCGGAGCGCACAUCGGAGGCAUGCCGCCCCCUGCGCGUCCUGCCUCGAACUCCCAGGUGUUGGGUGAGACUAGGAAGGCAAAGGUGCUAGGACUGGGAAGCAAAAGAGAAAAGACGAGGAGACGGAUGGAUCUCUUUGGCAGAAAGAAUACUGACGCGGGUAUGGGCAAAGGUGGUGCGGAGGGUGAGUACCGAGGAUUCGUACCCCGGCUCGUGCAAUGAGGUGCCAGAAUUGCGAUCUGCCAGCACACUGACCCAUCACGCUCUCUCACGACUGCACGCAGGUGCCCAGUCCAAAGAGCCACUAGAUGACACUCUUUCCGAAGCCCAAUGGCGUACGGAUCGUGCUUUGGCCGAGGAGGCUCGGACGUGGCGAGGGUCUACACGGCGAUCUGUGGAUCGAGAGCCAAUUGUGGUGAUGGGGAAAGUAAUGUCGGAUUCCGACAAAGUUCCAAAGGCUUCUGUCAUCCCCUCGCGAAACGAUACCUCUGCGCCCCACUCACCCAUACUCUCACCGGACCCACGACUGAGCCGCGGUAUGGCCACGAGUGGCCUAGUCCGACCAUGGGACCAAUACGCGCCGCCGCACAUUGAUAUGGCCAAGACGAGCAGCUCAUCCAGUGCCUCGAGUAGCACUCACACUCACACUGCAGCGCGCGCAAACACCGGCCGUCGAGCUCCACCACCUCCCUUGACCCAAAUUUUUGCAGACGGCCCGUUGGGCGGGAAUGGUCUAGCACCUCCGCAUCGUCCUUCGGCAUCAGUCUCUCUACCCCACUCUCCUGUCGAAAGUUCCAUGUCUCCUCGAUCACCUUCACGACAACGAUCCAUUGGCUCGUAUGGAAGUGCAGAACCGUCUCCUUCACAGAAACUUCAUGCGCGGUCUAGUUCUCACAUGGCCAGCAUCCGCUCUCCACUCAGUCCGGGCAGCUUUCGCACCGCCACGUCAUCGAUGAUCAGCCCGCUUCCUUCGAGCGCAUUAUCUGGCCAGUCUGAGCCCAUCGAUACCACUGCAAGGCUCGCGCAGCAGCUUAACGAACUCGCUAUUGCGCACGGAGAUGGACUGCUAGGAGAGGAAGAAUACCGCAAGCUACGCGCUGCAGCCUUUUCGGAGAGCGGUGUUGGCAACCAAGAGGUGCCGCGAGAGGCGAGAUUGGGUAGCUUCGGAGGUCAACUGCAAAAGCGUCCGGCCACUGCAGGUAAGCUUGGACAUCGAAGGCAGUCAGAUGUUGAGGAAUGCAACUGCUCAUUCUCGUCUCCCGCAGAGACGUCCAACUUGGCCUCUAUGGACAAGCGCGCAGCGACCGCAGCACCGUCCUUGCGGUCUCAACGCUCGUCAAUUGCCAACUUUGCAGCGCUGUUUCGAAAAGGUUCUCUGCGCAACCUGCAUCCAUCCCAUGGAGAAAGCAUGAACGUUGAUAAUUCUGGAGAUAGCAUGAACGCGCAAAGUCCUUCGCUCUCUAAACCUCGAAGCAUUUGGACUGCUGCAGUCUCGGUUGCUGGCCUAUCUAGAUCGGACAGCAAGACCCGCAGAGCACCUUCGGAAGCGGAGCUCGAAUCGGAGGUCCACAAGGCUCGCUCAGCGCGCACCUUGGGAGGAGCAAACGGCGACGGCAUGAGCGCGAAGCACUCUAUCACUGGAGCGGGGUCCGGCUCAGUCGCCAGCGCAUCCGGCAUGCUUACUGGGGACUACGCAGAGAAGGGCGCUAAUGAGCUCAAGGCCGAGAUGGCAGUAGUCGAAGCGGAGCAAAAGAAGCUGCUGGAAGCCUUCAACGGAUUGGUCCAGACGGCCGUCGGACGAUCUGGACUGGGACAUGAACAGCUGCAAAGGGCGCAGAAUUCCGCUUCGCGUGCUCUGAGCCCGGAAAGCUCUUACGGGAGCGGCGACAAGAGUCAACAAGGCGCUUGGAACCACUCAUUGCUUCGCAAAUCAUCAACGUCCAGCUCUGGAAGCAAGUCUCCUGCAAGAGGCAGACGUCGAGGGUUGGGCGACAGCAGUCAGGGAGAUCGAGAAUCUGCUCACGGAUUGUCUCCCAGCUACCCCCCAUCUGCUUUCCGGCAUGCUGCUCAGCUGCGUGGCAAUGGAUCGAAUGGUGAUCACGCUCAGCUCGCUGACGAUCUCGACGCCGAUAUGGGCGAUGAUCCAGAAGAGGAAGUGAGCGUGCGCGCACUUCGAAACGAGAUUGUGGAUAUUGGAAGGCGCAGAGAAGAUGUGAGGAGGAGAUAUGAAGAGAGGCUGGCCUUUCUGCGCAGCCUCGUGCGAAGCGCGACGCUAAGAGAGGGCCUGCGAAAGUGA